UUUGUCAGCAAAUAAAUAGGAGCAGAUCUCCCUGUGCUAAUCACUCGCCGCUUCAGAAUCCAUCUGUUCUCACUUGCUGCCAUAAAGGAAAGGUUGAUUCAAGAUGAAAUCCAUCCUGAUCGUAGCCUGCGUCCUUGGGAUUGCUCUCUGUGCCCCAUCACAGUACAAGGAGUUUAACAUCAAUCUGGCCCCAGCUGAGGCUGCCCAGGCUAUCCCUGCAGGAGUCCCUGCUACACAACUGGAAGUUCUGCUCCCAGUUAACGACCAGAUGCAGCUUGCUGGCGGACCUGUCCGCGGCUUCAUCAAGCAGGAGAUCCCAAAGCCAAAUGGUGAAGACGAUGAGCUGUACUACCCCUUCGGAUUCGAUCCUGCCGCCCCUGCAGCUCCUGCCGCCCCUGCAGCUCCAGCUCCAGCUGCUCCGGCGGUCGUAGCUGUCGCAGCUGUUCCAGCUGCCCCAGCCGACACUGCCGUUCUUGUGGCCGUUGUUGCCCCUGCUGCCAAACCCAGUGAUGAUGAUGAGGAGGAGGACGACUGAAAAUACCUGAGUCAGCAGCAGACUCGUUUGUGCAAACAGGUGGCCAGUGGUACAACUUCAGCAGUCAACCCAGAUGAAAGAUGACCAGUCAGCAAUGCUGCAGUCUAAAUCCUGAAAAGAUUUGGUGCUCUGCUUUUUUAAAGAAACUUCACUGCGCAUUUGGUGCUUUUUCUAAUUCAAAUGGAAAAAAUAAGCUAAUCCUGUGACAGAAAUGGUGCAUUGGGGUGAAAUGUCAUUGUUUUUAUAUUCCUGCUUGUGGUGUCCUCAACUAAAGCAUAUUUCCGCUCAUGACUGUGCGUCAUCACAAAUAAAAUGAAAGUAAUGCAUUUA